AUGCAUGAAUCUAUCAAUUGGAAUGAUCAUAACACACCAUUACGAAAGAACCAAAAAAUAAUAAAAGCUCUGUUCUUUAUACCAAAAAGUCAAAACGAAAUGGAGAUUUCACAUUUCAGAAACUUAUCAGAAUUGACAGGAAUGGAAGACGCCUCUUUCAAUUUCCAAUGUCCAGUCAAUUCAUUCGACAAUCAACUAGAUUCAAUGGCGAUUUCAGGUACGUUUGGAGACAACAUGGAUCGUAUCCAUGGUCAAUUAGGCGUGUUUGACUAUUACAAACCUGUUAUGGAACCAUCUUCAAGACCAAGUAAACAGCUCAAAACAAGCAGCUGGAAUUCCUCCAUAACCACUGAUCAUUCUCAUUCCUUAAUGAAUCUGAAUCUAUCUCAACAAGCAACACUCCUAACGCCUAAAGAAGAAAUGACAGUUUCUUCAAAGAGCAGACAUGGCUUUAUUCGUGAUACUCAUCUCCAUUUUAGCAACCAAGAGAGCUCUGGUUUUAAUAAAGGUCAUCAUGGUGGGUUAGAUGUUGCUAAAAAUAGUAGCAAACAUACCCCAGCUCAAGAUCAUAUAUUAGCUGAGAGAAAAAGGAGAGAGAAACUUAGUCAGAGGUUCAUAGCUCUAUCUGCUUUGGUUCCUGGCCUUAAAAAGAUGGAUAAAGCUUCUGUUCUUGGAGAUGCAAUCAAGCACUUGAAAACCCUACAAGAGAAAGUGAAGACACUUGAGGAACAAAUCAAGAAAAGACCAAAUACAGAAUCAGUAGUUUUUGUUAAAAGAUAUGAAAUGUUAGCUGAUGUUAAUGAAAGUUCUUCAUCAAAUGAGAACUCUGGUGGGCCCAUUCAUGAUCAACUCCCUGAAAUCGAGGCAAGAUUUUUUGGCAACGAUGUUUUGAUAAGAAUUCACUGUGAGAAAAAGUCUGGUGUUCUUGAAAAGACAUUGAUUGAAAUAGAGAAACUUCAUCUAUCUGUGAUUAAUAGCACUUCCAUGACUUUUGCAAAUUAUGCACUCGAUAUAACGGUUAUCGCUCAGAUGGAUAAAGAAUUUUCCAUGGCAAUGAAAGACCUCAUGAAGAAUCUACGUUUAGCUCUCAAGCAAUUUAUGUGAAGAUUAUUCCCUCUUUUAUACCAUUUUUCUUCAUUUUGUUUUUUGUUUUUUUUUUUCUUUGAAAUGGUGAGUGAAAAGCCUCGGUUUUCCUAUCACUUUAAACCAUUUUGAUGCCUUAGAACCUUGUUUUGAUAUGGGGUUUAUUUUGCAAGAGGAUUUUUUUUUCUAACUUUUUUCAUGGUUGACUUGUUGACCAUGAUAACAAUCCUUUUGUUGUGAAGUAGCAACCUCUUUGGCUAUAAAUUUGUGGGCAUUUUUUUCUGUAACUUUUCACUUGAAUCUGAUAGGGUUUUUAGAUGGAUGAAAAAACAGGAGUAUGAAUCAGUUGAAGUGUUUGGUGAUGAGUGCUUUAUAGGUCUAGUAAUGUCUCUUUUGUUGUGUAAUAUGUUUGAUAAAUCUUGAUUUAUGGUAAUGCAUUAAGUUUGUAAUAAUUUCCAUGGAAAAAUUCUUAAUUGUUUUUCAUACUUUGGAGAGAAUAGAUCAGUUUCUAUUGUUUAUGUAUAUUCAUACAGGUAUUUUAUGUUUUAGAAUAUUGUUUUUCUUUAUUUGAAUUGAUUUUAG